UGCCUCGUCUCUGCCAGGGUCGCCACUUAGUCGUUCGCGUAUUUUGGACUACUUCAAAGCUGCUGAACGUCUUGAAAAUGCGCAACACCGAUUUGUGUGCUCUUUGGACGCUUCUACUGGUCGCUGCCGCAACCGCAUCCGCGUCCGCAUCCGCAUCCGCGGGUGUCUGCCUCUAUGAGCUGGACGGAACUCGUCUGCCUGUAUCGACUCACUGCGGUCGCUUUGCGGUAUGCCAGCAUGGAGAAGUGGCUGCCAUCGGCAGCUGUCCCCGCGGACUGCACUUCAAUCGUGAACUGGCCGAGUGCGAUUUCCAGUGGCGGGCCAACUGCUUGGGCCUGUCGCCAUUCGCAGGAGCUGAUGCCAGGGCUGAUGCAGACUGCACCUGCACCUGUUGCGCCGAUGAAUGCCCGAACACUGACGUGGAUGGGCCAGGUCUGACCACAUUGGUAACAGAGCCCUGCAACACGGAGUCAACCACCACAGAACCAGCCGUCACAGGCGCCACUAACCCCACAGAACCCACGAACGAUGAUGACUCCGAUGAGACUACAGAGUCCAAUGAGACCACGACCGAUGAGGCCACAACCGACACGAACAAUGCCGUCAACACCACUCCGUCCUCUCCAUCCGCUGUGCCCACCUACUGCUCCAGCCAGCGCGACGAGUGUGCCAAUGUGAGUACCAAUGCCAAGCUGGAAAUUCCGGGAGUGUGCGGAAAGUACAUCCAGUGCAGUAAUCGAUGCGUCAACGAGAUCAGCUGCCCCUCCGGCCUGUACUUCAACCCCAGCAGCGGUGACUGUGACUAUCCUUGGAACGUGGAGUGCACACCAGCGUUAGCCGCGGACUCCACAGAGGAGAUUGAGGGACCCUCGGGCACGACCUGUGCCAGUCAGGGCGUUUGUGCGGGCAAGCGUGACGGAACGCUGCUGGCCGAUCCCGACACGAAUGGGUACUUCGUGUGCCAAUGCCAGUGCCCCAUCGCCAUGCCCUGCGACGAGUACACCAAGUUCAAUCAGACGGCUCAGGUCUGCGAUUGGGACUGGAGCGACGAGUCGGCUGCGGUUGUCUGUCCCGACGGUCUCGUCUACAACGUCACCUCCAAUGAGUGCGAUUAUCCCGAGGGCUAUGUUCCGGAAGUUGUCUGCAACAGCACCAGCACCGUGUGCCAGGGCGAGGCGGAGGGAACCCUCUUCCCUGUCGAUGGGGUGUGCAACAAGUUCUACAAGUGCAACUUCAACUGUGCCGUUGAGCAGCUGUGCCCCAACAACUUGCUCUUCGAUGCCACAACUGAGAUCUGUGACUAUCCACAGAACGUGGAGUGCCAGUGGCCACAUACGCCGCCGUCAGGACCAAACGCCGGACCCUCGGGCAUCGCUUGCGAGAGCAACGGCCGCUGCCUGAACGCCCGGGAGGGCACCUAUCUGCCAUCCGAGACCAGUUGCAACGGCUACGUCAUCUGCCAGUGCGAGUGCGAGGUCGAGCUGGCGUGUCCCGAAGGUCUGUACUGGGACGAGGACCUAUUGACCUGCAACUAUGCCACCAACGUCAAAUGUAAUCUAUCCUUUUCCCUGUGGCUUGCGCUUUCGGUUCUCAUUGGGUCACUGAAUGCAGAAUGUUGCCAAGAUGGCGAGCAGAAGAUCGACGAGGAUGACUGCACCAAGUACUACGUUUGCUGCUCCGGCAAGUUCGUCCAGAAGUCUUGUGACAGUGGAGACUGGUGGAACUGGGCGUCCGGCGAGUGUGAACAGGAUAACGGCCAGUGCAAUGGCAGCCCCACCUGUACAGAGGGAGAACUGCAGGAGGAUCCCACCGACUGCGCUGGAUAUUUGAAGUGUGUCAACGGAAGCCUUGUGAGUCAAAAGUGUCUAGAUCAGUCGUACUUUAAUGUCAACCUGGGAGUGUGCACUCCUGAUACCGACGGCGUGUGCGUUGGCUGUGUGGAGGGCAGCACUGAAGCAGACUCCACAGACUGUACCAAAUAUAAGCUCUGCUCAGGUGGAAAGCUCGUAUCCAAGUCAUGUGGAACCGGGAACUACUGGAACGCGGAGAAGAGCUCAUGCGAAAAGGACAACGGAGAGUGCAAUGGCAGCCCCAGCUGCACAGAGGGAGAGCUGCAGGAGGAUCCCACCGACUGCGCUGGAUAUUUGAAGUGUGUCAACGGAAACCUUGUGAGUCAAAAGUGUCUAGAUCAGUCGUACUUUAAUGUCAACCUGGGAGUGUGCACUCCUGAUACCGACGGCGUGUGCGUUGGCUGUGUGGAGGGCAGCACUGAAGCAGACUCCACAGACUGUACCAAAUAUAAGCUCUGCUCAGGUGGAAAGCUCGUAUCAAAGUCAUGUCCGAGUGGAAACUACUGGAACGCGGAGAAGAGCUCAUGCGAAAAGGACAACGGCGAGUGCAAUGGCAGCCCCAGCUGCACAGAGGGAGAACUUGACGUGAAUGCCGCUGACUGCGCUGGAUAUUUGGAGUGUAUCCAUGGGAGCUUGGUUGCUAGAAAGUGUCCCGACUUGAACUACUUUAAUGCCACACAGAAGAAGUGUAUUGUGGACACCGAAGGCGUGUGCAUCAGCAAAGUGUGCGACCCAGAGUGCUGCGAUAAGCCCAACAAUUGGAUUGGACCCGUGGAUAAGAACUGUUCUGCCUUCACCCAGUGUGUCUAUGGCAACAAGUUUGAGCAAACGUGUCCGAAUAACCUUCAGUUCAACCCGCUCACGCUUGACUGUGACUUCCCGGAGAAUGUGAACUGCGAGGAUGGAUCUGCGCCACCCAGCGGCCCCAAUGCCGGACCAUCUGGCACCUACUGCGAAAGCCAAGGUCGUUGUGUGGGCCAGCGGGAUGGAACCAUGUUCGGCGAUGCCAGCAACAAGUGCAGCAGCGCCUAUGUGGUCUGCCAGUGCGAGUGUGAGGUGGACUUCAACUGCAGCAAUGGAUUGCUCUAUAAUCCGCUGUUCAAGGUCUGCGAUUGGCCCGCCAACGUGGAAUGCUGAAUAAUACAAUAAACCUAUAAUUUUAACAGCGCA